AUAAAGCCUUGCAACCACCUCCUUCACCAUUCCCAUCCCCAUAUCUCCUGUUACACUCCCUGCGUCGUUCCCCUUUCUUUUAUCUCUCCUCUUCCCUCCUCUUCCAUGGACGGGAAAGGUAACAGCAACAUGAGUAACAAGAGCGUGAACAGCGGCGAAGAAGCCGACGUCAGGAAAGGGCCGUGGACCAUGGAGGAGGACCUCAUCCUCGUCAACUACAUAGGCAACCAUGGCGAGGGCGUCUGGAACAGCCUCGCGCGUUCUGCAGGACUGAAGCGCACGGGGAAGAGCUGCCGGCUUCGCUGGCUCAACUACCUGCGGCCGGACUUGCGGCGCGGUAACAUCACGGCGCAGGAGCAGCUCCUGAUCAUGGAGCUCCAGGCAAGGUGGGGAAACAGGUGGUCCAAAAUUGCGAGACAAAUGCCCGGGAGGACAGACAACGAGAUCAAGAACUACUGGAGGACCAGAAUACAGAAGAGAGUGAAACAGAGUGACUCGCCUCAGUUCCAGAAUGCCAUUCUUAUUGAUGAAGCUAAUAGCAGCACUAGCCAAACACAUAUUGUCGAUGCUGGGAUAGUUCAGCCAAGUCUCCUUGAUGAGCCGACUAUCAUGAACACUGAUGGCAUCGAACCUCAAUUCUUCAUUGAUUUUGAUGACAACUUCUGGACGUUCGACGAGUUGUGGUCGAUGUAAUCACCCGAUGAUGAUUAUAUGAAAUAAAUCAUGCGAUGUUAUGGACGAGAGAUAUGUAUAUGAACGAUGGAAGAGCUUGUUUGUAGCAUGAUUCUGAUUGGUAAUACUGCUGCAAAGUUAUUGUCCGUUGUUGUACAAAGCACAAAUGAUUAAACUUAAUUUAUUUUGAGAUAAUCUUCAUGGAUGUUUUCUCUUACUGAUUGUUUCAUUUAAUGCUGCAAAACUGUGUCCUAAUU